GUUCCUGAUUGGCUGCAGGAAGAAGCCAUUAAAUUGCGGUGUGGUGGGGAAGGUGUGGUGACACUUGAACGUGGACUACAGUCACGAAACCGUCCAUCUCUCCUUCACCUCAAGAUGAUCGGUUUUGCCGCGGAGGCUGCGGGCAGGUGUUCGAGCACGGCGCAGGCACGUCGUUAACUUGCAUGCAUGCACCCCACGCCGUCGUCCCCGGUCCGGUUCGCAGACUACUGCCGCCGGCUGGAAGAUGCUGAGCCGACUAAUGAGCAGCAGCAUCCGGAGUCUGGACCGAGAGUGCAACUGCACCGUGAGGCUGCUGGACGACUCCGAGUACACCUGCACCAUCCAGCGGGACGCUAAGGGACAGUAUCUGUUUGACCUCAUCUGCCAUCACCUAAACCUGCUGGAGAAAGACUACUUUGGCAUCAGAUAUGUGGACCCAGACAAGCAGAGGCACUGGUUGGAGUUUUCAAAGUCAAUUGCCAAACAAAUGAAAUCUCAGCCUCCUUUCACAAUGUGUUUGCGUGUCAAGUUCUACCCCCCGGACCCUGCCGCCCUUCGGGAGGAGAUCACCAGAUAUCUGGUCUUCCUGCAAGUGAAGAGGGAUCUCUACCACGGUCGCCUCUUGUGCAAGACCUCAGACGCUGCUCUCUUGGCUGCGUAUAUACUGCAAGCUGAAAUCGGUGACUACGAUCCUGGAAAACACCCCGAGGGCUACAGCUCCAAGUUCCAGUUCUUCCCAAAACACUCUGAGAAAUUGGAGCGACGCAUAGCGGACAUACACAAGACAGAGUUGAUAGGUCAAAGUCCUGAAACGUCAGAGCUUAACUUCCUCCAGAAGGCUCAGAUGUUGGAGACGUAUGGAGUGGACCCGCAUCCAUGCAAGGACGUGUCUGGUAAUCCAGCUUUUCUAGCAUUCACACCGUUUGGAUUCACCGUACUGCAAGGAAACAGGAGGAUUCAUUUCCUUAAAUGGGAUGAGGUGACCAAGCUGAAGUUUGAGGCAAAAACAUUCCACAUAUAUGCAAGUCAGACAGAGGAACAGAAAAUCAUACUGACCUACUUUGCACCAACCCCUGAGGCCUGUAAGCACCUCUGGAAGUGCGGUGUGGAAAAUCAAUCCUUCUAUAAGUUGGAGAAGUCCAGUCAAGUGCGCACAGUGUCCAGUAGCAAUCUCUUCUUCAAGGGUAGUCGCUUCAGAUACAGUGGAAAGGUUGCAAAAGAAGUCAUGGAGCAAAGUGCCAAAAUUAAAAGGGACCCGCCUGAGAUUCACAGGGCGGGCAUGGUGCCAAGUAGGAGCUGUCCAUCAAUCACACACGGUCCCCGGUUGACGAGUGUACCCAGGACGAGACGGAGAGCCGUGCACAUCUCCAUCAUGGAGGGCCUUGAGUCCCUCCGAGACAGUGCACACUCCACGCCGGUCCGCUCUGUCUCCCAUGGCGACUCCUUCAUGCCCUCCAGAGGUCAGACGGUAGAUGGCGGCGAGGCCAGCACCUCAGCGGUCAUCUCCGACGAGGCCUACAGCCCCUCAGACAGCGUCCUGCCUACGCCCGUGGCCGAACACGGAAUGGAGAUGCACCUCAACGGCGCCCCCCGCAGCAUUGACGAUGAAGAGUGCGGGGUUUCGUUGGAAGGCCAGGUAGCAGAGUCCAGGGUUGGUAGAAGAGUGGCACGUUUGGCUAGAAGCAGGCCAUCGCCCCCUAGUGAUGUGGAGGAGCUGCACAAGUUCAUCCUGAGCGUUCUCCGCUUGUUCCUGGUCACCAUCGGACUGCUCUUUGCCCUGCUGGUGCUCCUCAUCAUGCUGACAGAGUCCGAUCUGGACAUCGCCUUCCUGAGAGACAUCCGCAAGACCCCCGAAUUCCAGCAGUUCCACAUUGAGUAUUUCUGCCCGCUGCGGCGCUGGUUCGCCUGUAAACUCAGAUGGAUGGGGGGACUCCUCAUCAGCAAGUGAGGCCCCGGAAGAAAAUGACGCUGCUGCUAAAGCGUCCACCAAAACAAAGAUGGCGGCCCAUUUCCCAAAUACGCACAGAUUUUCCAUGUCACAAGUCACGGACUGUCUCUUAUUUGUGCUCAUACUACGACAGUUAAUUUAAAUAUAUUAUUUUGCACAAUGUCCUAGUGGGAAAAAAAUAACAUGAAAUAAGAAAAAGUUUGUGUUUGAAAAUGUAAAAAUAAUAUUUUAUUUGAAAAAAAGAGAAAAAAAGCAAUAAUAUUUUGUAUUCAAUAAUUAAUACAAUUGAUAAUAAUAUCAAUAAUAUAUAAUUAAAACAAUUUGGACUUUUUAUAAAUCAUUAGUAAGUGUUACAAUUAUUGCUACUAUUAAUAUACUGUGGUCUGCUUGCACAGCUGUUUCUAAUAUUGUGACUGUGUCAUGUAGCUAAAAAAAAGAAAAAGGUGUAAAGAACAAUAGAAACAUUUGAUGCAGCGCAGUUCUACACUGCAACCACAAUAAUAAACAUGUUGUUACAGUAAUAAUAGACUGCACAAGUGUACCCAUUAAGUGUACUGUACAUGAUGGAACGUUAUUGUCGAAAGUGUUAUCAAUGGUAUAGAUGCGUUCUAAUUUGUAGCAACAAUAAGGGAGGUAAGUUAUAUGAUCAUGCGGGCGAGAAAGAAAGUAGGAAGUGAGAGUAAAGAUAAAUGGAGAUAGCGUGAGCUAUGAUUAAAGUAUGAUUCAUUUGUACAAUUUUAGGUGUUCAAGGUAUAGGUUAAUUGGUGCCAUAAUGAAACAAAUAUCACGAUGUUGGAAAUAAUUUAAAAUAUUGGAAAUAAUUAUAAACGGAAAAUUUAUACAAACUAUAUAUAUAGUAUUAUUUAACUGCUAUGCUGUCAAUUUGAAGAUUAAAUGUCUGUCAUAACAAGUAUUAAACAUGUAAUAAAUGUGUGAACCCAGUUCGGAUACAUAAAUGUGUCAAUAAUUUCACAUUUAACUGAAUAAUUAGCUAAUUGAAUACAUUUUCCUUUUAUUAAGUCACUUUUAUUAUUUGUUUAAUUAGUUAUCUUUGAGGGAUUAUAAUAAGUAUAAUUAGCAAAUCAAUGAAUUGGAUUAAAUAAAAAUAAAUGUAUCUAAAAAUUAAAUUGAAUGAUUCAUUUAUUUGAUUUGAUUCAUUUUUAGCAUUAAGUAACCCUUAAUAUAUUAAAACUGUGUUUGUCAUUUUGGCUUUAAAUGAUUAGAGAUUAGUUUUGUUUAGGUGUGCACUUUAGUCAUUUGCCAUCCAAAGACAGCAGCAGAAUGAAAGUGGUAGUUUUCAAAAAUCCAACGAGUAGCCAAAUAAGGCUAACGUCUACAAUCAUCGUGUGUGCAGACAAUAGACGGACGUGAACUAAAGUUAGAAUAGUUCUCGUCAACUGGUUUGUGCAAUGCUGUUAAUAACAGACUCUAUCUAAUCCUGUCACUGGUGGCUAUAAUGUUACAUCGCUGCAUUGUUUGUAACCUGCAACAAUGAGCAGAAGUCCAGCUUUUUCUGUUAUUUUUCAAGUGAUAAGUGAAAGUUGCGUUUUGAGUUUCAUGUUGCAAUCCCGCUGACAUCAUUUUCAUUAAUGCGCCAACCAAAGAAACCUGAAUUGUGUCUGCUUUAGCCUUAGCCUGCAGUGUCUUUACUGGCGUGACGUUUAAAUCUAAUUAAGAGCGGUCAGGAGAAGUUCAAGUUAAGUAUUUUAUCAACAUUUAAAGCACCAGUUGGACACUAUAGACCCCUAUUAGUUCCACUCUUUGUGAUUCUUCCUCUUGCCAAGACAUUUUGGACAAUUGUAGACUUACAUUGUGGAAGAAGGGAAGACCCUUUUUUGUCCCUUUUGAGAAAAACCAAAAUGGUUAUAUAGAGUCUAACUUCACUUUUUCUACCAUUUUCACUUACUGUGCAGCCAGGUGUCCAAAAUUGUCUUCACUAGUUUAGGUUAAAGUGCUAAAAAGUCAAUGGAAAAUGACAAAUAAGCACUGAGAAUGUGUCAGGCGUUGGCAAUGAAUGAACUCGCUCUUGCUAGCAAUCCCAGAAUGCACUGCAUCAUGUCAGCCAUUUGGAUUGGCUAAUAACUAGCAUAUUGGAGUGCUGAUAAAAAAACACCAUUAAAGCUAAGUUUUUUUUAAAUUGGGGCCUACUUAGUUAGAUAUUGUGGCAAGCUUGGUGAUUUUAGCACUAUUAAAGACAAGUUAAGACGCACAAAUGUAUCUUUUGUUUUUUUAAAGAAGCAAUAAGUACUGCAGACUGUGUACAUUUAUGGAUGUUACAGUUUGCUGGAGGCUGUCUGAAGCUGAGGAUGCAUGUGUGAAGGAUUUGUUGCCACGUUGUUAAAGUCUUUCCAAUCUUUUUUUUUUUUUUUAUGUUAAUCACAUCUGCUUACAUUGCCUAUCAACUUGCUUGGAUUGCUUGGAAGUGUUCGACUGACAAUGGAACUUUUGUGUUAUACUUGGGUGGUGGUGCACAAGUAGCAAUUAUCAACCUGGAUUUUUAGAUUUAACAUGUUUCAUUAACACUAUCCUGAGAGGGAAGAUCAGAUAUGAUUGAUUCAAAAUAUGAUUUUACCCUGUGUUCCUUCCUUUCAGUCCAUCCAAUCAUGGCUCUGUGCGUGUGUAAGCAUGUCUUCUGCAUUUAUUAUUGCCUCCUAACAUGACAAACAUUCAAAAAUCAACUGUUGACUGACUCGUGUACUCAGUUUAUGAAUAAAUAUAUAUUCUUGACAUGUGGCAACAACCACUGUAGUCUCUUUAUCUUUUUAAAAAUAGAAAUUAUUGGAAAUACACAAAAGUGAGUCUUUAGCCAAUGGAAAAAUUGGAAAAAGGUGCAAUACAUUUUUUUAUUGCAACAAUGUGGCCAUAAAUACUUGUGUAAAGUUGAUCCCCUUAGCAUUGCAAAUAUUACAAUAACACUGCCAUUAGUUUGUGCUACAUGUGUGUUAGUUUUUGCAGUAAAUUUUUUUAGUCCAACUAAUAAAGUUUUAAUGUUAUGUUUAUAUUAUUAAAUACAAAAGAUCAUAAGUAGAAGAAAAAAAUUACAAACUAAUGGGACAAGUUUGGGGAAAUUUUGCCAAGGUUGGAGGUUAUUAAUAAUAAUAACUAAAAUGAUAAAAAAAACUAGGGCAGCACAGUGUCACAGGGGUUAAAUGGUAAAUGGGUUGUACUUGUAUGGUGCUUUUCUACCUUCAAGGUACUCAAAGCGCUUUUGACGCUACUUCCACAUUUACCCAUACAUUCACACACUGAUGGAGGGAGCUGCCAAGCAAGGCGCUAACCAGCACCCAUCAGGAGCAAGGGUGAAGUGUCUUGCACAACAGACGUGACGAGGUUGGUACUAGGUAGGGAUUGAACCAGGGACCCUCGGGUUACGCACAGCCACUCUCCCAACUGCGCCAUACCGUCCCUAGUGCAUGUGCCUCACAAUACGAAGGUCCUGAGUAGUCCUGAGUUAAAUCCCAGGCUCGGGAUCUUUCAGUGUGGAGUUUGCAUGUUCUCCCUGUGACUGCUUGGGUUCCCUCCGGGUACUCCGACUUCCUCCCACCUCCAAAGACAUGCACCUGGGGAUAGGUUGAUUGGCAACACUAAAUUGGCCAUAGUGUGUGAAUGUGAGUGAGAAUGUUGUCUUUCUAUCUGUGUUGGCCCUGCGAUGAGGUGGCGACUUAUCCAGGGUGUGCCCCGCCUUCCGCUCGAAUGCAGCUGAGAUAGGCUCCAGCUUGCUCCUCCCUCCUGAUACAACCCUGAAGCAUGAUGACAUGGGAUGUCUGUUCCUUUAUAACCCUAAUGUCCCUGCACAAUUAAUUCCUAAAGCAUUAUAUUGGUAGAGGAUUUUCGAGCUCAUGGUUAGUUAGAUAUACUGUAAUAUAAUUUAAUAAGACUGGUAAAAAAUAUAUAUGUUGUUACUCAAUCAAAAAAUAAUUUAUUUGAAAUAUUUAAUAUUAAUUGGAUUUAUUUAGACUUGAAACAAAUAAAAACGUACAUGAAUUGAUUAAAAAAGUUGAAAAACUUAUUCGGGUGUUACCAUUUAGUGGUCAAUUGUACGGAAUAUGUACUGUACUGUGCAAUCUACUAAUAAAAGUUUCAAUCAAUCAAAUUUUUUGUUUUCGAUUUUAUAACUAUAACUAAAAUCUGUGCUGAGAAACUAAUGCAAAAAUGUCCACAGCACAGGACACUAGGUCUCAGAAGGAGAUUAUUUUAAAGGCCUACUAAAAUGAGAUUUUCUUAUUCAAACGGGGAUAGCAGGUCCAUUUUAUGUGUCAUACUUGAUAAUUUCGCGAUAUUGCCAUAUUUUUGCUGAAAGGAUUUAGUAGGGAACAUCCACGAUAAAGUUCGCAACUUUCGGCGCUAAGAGAAAAGCCCUGCCUCUACCGGAAGUCGCAGACAAUGACGUCACAUGUUUGAUGGCUCAUAUAUUCAGACGUAAAUUUAACAAUUUAAUUUAGGCGCCAGCGUCCCCCACAACCCCAAAAGGGAAUAAGCAGUAGAAAAUGGAUGAAUGGAUUUUAUUAAAUCAAUUUGUAGCUUUCAAACAAGACUGCUAGUCUGUGAUUCUCAAAAACACAACAAAUGCAAAUGAUUCAUUAGGAUGUGCAUUGUUAUACUUUUUUUUUACUGAUACUAACACUAAUACUGAAAUACUUUCCUCUCAGUUCUUACCGGUAGAGUGGGUGGAGUGAGAGCAUGCAGGUGAUGGAGAGACCACUCAGCAACAGUGUAUUGAUUGUUUAUGUACUGUGGAGCAGAAAAUAAAAUAAAAUAUAUGUUUUGGAA